AUCUCUCUCCCCCACUGCACCCUCCAGCUGAACCUAUUUCCCCCCAGACCGCAUGAGGACCCAAAUCCUUGGAUCAGGAGCCGUGACCCCCAGCAGCCCCAUGCUCCAGCCCCAGGUCCCUGUUGGGGCGCAGACCCCGCUGCCCCAGGAGGGCUCCGUGGCUGUGGUGCUGCGUGUGCGGCCCCCCAGCCCCCGGGAGCGAGCUGCACCCCCCGUCCUGCACGUCCUGAACCAGAACGUGGUGCUGCUCAGCCCCGAGGAGCCCGGCAGCGCCGGCGGCACUGCCCGCAGCCCCGGCCGCCGCCGCAGGAACCUCCAAUUUGUGUUCGACCACGUUUUUGACGAGGGGGCCACGCAGGAGGAGGUGUUCCAGCACACCACGCUCCCUCUGCUGGACACCCUCCUCGCUGGCUACAACUGCUCCGUGUUUGCCUACGGUGCUUCAGGAGUCGGGAAGACCUACACCAUGGUGGGCUCCAAGACCAGCCCCGGCAUCGUGCACCUGGCCACGGUGGAGCUGUACAAAAGGCUCGAGGCCAUGAAGGACAAGAGCUGGGAGGUCCUCGUCUCCUACCAGCAGGUGUACAAAGAGCGUGUGUAUGACCUGCUGGAGCCCCGGGGCCCGCUGAACGUCUGGGAGCAGCCCGGGAAAGGAGCCGUGACACAGGGUCUCUCCUUCCACCAGCCCACGUCACCAGAGCAGCUCCUGGACAUGUUGGCCAAGGGCAACAAAAACCGGGCCCAGCGUCACACCAAGGCCGACGCCACCUCGUCCCGCUCCCACGCCAUCUUCCAGAUCCAGGUGAAGCAGUGGGAUCCUGCUGGCGGCCCCGCCGGGGAUCUACGCCUGGCCAAGCUGAGCUUCAUCGACCUGGCAGGCUCGGAGCGAGUCUGGGACCCUGCGGGCCGAGGAGAGGGGCUGUGGGAGGGCACCAGCAUCAACCUGGCCCUCAAAACCGUCAUCCGUGCACUGGCUGGAGCCAAGGGCGGGCAGAGCCACGUGCCGUUCCGGGACAGCAAACUGACCCGCCUGCUGAAGGACUCGCUGGGCGGCAGCUGCCGCAGCACCGUGAUCGCGGCCGUGAGCCCCGCGGCGCCCGCCGGCCCCGACACCUGCAGCACGCUGCGGUUCGCCAGCCAGGCCCGGCACAUCCUGCUGCCGGCCCUGCAGCUGCAGCGCACCGGGAUGUCUCCCCGCAGCCCCAGAGUAGCUUCCCUGCCUGAUCUGCAGUUCCAGGCCAGGACACCAAGUCUGCUUCUGCAGGAGCUGUCUGGGCACCUGGAACAAAGCCUCUGCCCUGAUGAAAUGACUGCGAAGACAGAGGAGGUGGAGGUCCUGGCACUGGAGGAGUCCAUCGGGCUGGAGGAGUCUGUAGGGCCGGAGGAGUCUGUAGGGCCGGAGGAGUCUGUAGGGCCGGAGGAGUCUGUAGGGCCGGAGGAGUCCGUAGGGCUGGAGGAGUCCGUAGGGCUGGAGGAGUCCGUAGGGCUGGAGGAGUCCAUCGGGCCGGAGGAGUCCGUAGGGCCGGACGAGUCCGUAGGGCUGGAGGAGUCCGUAGGGCCGGAGGAGUCCGUAGGGCCGGAGGAGUCCGUAGGGCCGGAGGAGUCCGUAGGGUCAGAGGACUCCAUUGGGCUGGAGGAGCCCAUAGGACUGGAGGAGUCUGUAGGACCGGAGGAAGCUGCAGCUCCCAGCAGCCCCACAGAGCCCAGUGAGGCCGCUCCAGCCCUGGGAAUGCAACUGAGCUGUGACGCCGAGGUGCCUGUCACCGUGCCCGAUCCCCCCGUGCCCAGUGCCGACCCGGAGUGCUCCCAGGAGCUCUCUGCGUGCUCCAGCCCCAGGCCGAUCUCUCCCGGGCCGGUUAAGAAGGUGCUCGAGUCGAGCAGCGAUUCCCAGUCAGAAAAUUCCCGCAGCUCCCGAACACGGAGGAAGCGCCAGCGGAGACAUGGGAAGGCAGCAGAGAUUCCCCGGGCAGCGCAGAGCCCCGCGCAGAGCCCCGCCGUGUCCCCGGGGCCCCGUAGUGUCAGCCCCCAGCCCUCCCCGCCGGCGCGCACCCAAAGCCCUGGCACCCCGGCGCCAGCGGCCGCACGGACCCCCAGCCCCGUUCCCGGGCCGGCUCCAGAGCUGCUUCCCCCGAGCGCUGAGCAGCAGCAGCAGCCAGAGCACCGGGCAGCCCUCCCGCAUCCACCGCCCGGCGCCCCUCCCAGCGUUCAAACUCCAAACGCCUUCAGCUCCUCUCUCUUCCGUUCUUCCUGCAGCCUCCCGAGCAUCCCCCCCUGGCCCGCAGUGCCCCUCUGCCCAUGGUUCCAGCUGCGUCUCCGCGUUUGUGUCCCCGCUGUUGGCUCAGUCCUGUUCGUUUGUUUGCAGGUUAUGGGUGGGUUUAGGAAAUAAGUUGUUGUGUUUUUAAUAAAUUGUUCUGUUCCAA